AUGGAUAAUCUUUACCCAAAAGAACCUCCAAAGAAUUUGGUUAAUGGUAAUAAUGGUACAGAUUUUCCAGAAAUGAAUACUCCACAAAUGGAUGAUAACAACAUCCAACAUGAAUCUAGAACUCCAUCUCCAAUUUAUGCAAACGAUGGUACAAUAUUAUUAACCUUUCCUAGCAGAUCAAAACAAAAUAAUCAUAACAACCAUCAAAGUAAUUCCUCUAAUUUACCCCAAUAUAAUACUUCACAUCAAUUAAAUCAACAACAUUUUUAUCCCCAAAUGCAGAACAAUGUUAAUCAAAAUAUUAAUACUUAUUCCAAUAACAAUACUUACAUUAUAAAUGAUGUUAAUGAAUCUUUAUCCUUUGAACAAAACUCUUCAUUACAGAAUGAAAUAAAUGAAUCUAAACUUCAUGAAAAUAACCCAUACAUUAGUCAUAGUCAACAUGAUCAAUUUUUCGGAGAUGAAAUAUACAAUCAACAAAAUAAUUCUAAUCUUUCUUACAAUAAUAUUCCUAGUUCAUCUAAAACAAAUGAUAAUAAUUUAUUGUCAUCAGGUAAUAACUUUUUAAUUCAAGAAAAUCUCGAUAUCAUUGGACAAAAUAAUGUAAAUAUUGAUCAAGAUAAAAUUUCAGAUAAAGAUCUAUUUAAUGAUAUUCCUGAUCAUCCAGAUUUUUGUGAAGAAAAUGAUAACAUUUCUCAUAGUAUGAAUAAUCUUCAUAUGUAUAACAAUAAUCCAUUUGAUGAAAUAAAUCCACCUGAACCAGAUAUCAUAAAACCAAGAAAUAAAGAUAAAAAUAAAUCUAAAACUAUGUAUCAAAUGCCAGAGACAUGUAAUAUGCAGAACUUAAGCUAUGAUAUAGAACAAAAUCAAAAUAAUGUACUUCCACAAGAUAAUAAUGAUUUUGGUAAUAAUAUUAAUCAAGCUGUUAUAAUUCCUAAUGAUUCUUUUAAUACUUCAUCAAAUUAUGAUUCUGAUAAUUUAAAUGAUUCAAUUGUAUCAACACACAAUAACUAUAAUAAUCAAAUAACUGAAAAAGAUAUUCACAUUCGGCAAGUACUUAACAAUAAACAAAAAAUAAUUCCACAAAAUAAUUCAAUAUUACAACAAGAAUCAGCUCCACAAUAUUCAUUCCAACAACCUGAACAACAAAACACAGAGUCAUCACAAUAUUAUAUAAAUAAUCAAAACAAUAUUGUUGAUUCAUUCCAAAAUACUCAAAAAAAUAUUCAAUAUCCUCAGGAACAACAUUAUCUUCAAAAAAAUCACGAAAAUUUUGAAAAAAUAAACAAUCUUUCAAUAAAUCAGAUUUCAAAUACUGAAAACAAUUUCUUUCAACAACAAAAUUUACAACAAACUAAUUUAAACAAUGUAACACAACAAUAUUCAAAUUAUGUAGAUAGAAAUAAUUUACAUCCUGAACAACAAAGUAAUUUUAAUCCUAUAAAUUCAAGAUCAUUAUAUGUCGAAAUAAAUAAACAGAUACAACAACAAAAUUUAUCAAUUAUUAGACAAAAUGAUCAAGAUAAAAAUUUUGGUUAUCCAACGUCAAACCAAUUUAAUGAUAACAAUUCCAUACCAAAUGUAAUGGAAAAAACUUGUGAUCGAAGAAAUUCAAUACCAAAUAGUAGACAAAGAAUUGAUAAUCAACAAAAUUGUAUGCACAAUGAAUUUUUAGGAAGUCAAGAUAGACAAGCUUCUUUGCCAAAUUUAGCAACGGGAAUUAAUACUCAACAAAACUCUUCAUCAAAUGAUACAAAAAGAGUUAAUAAUCAACAAAAUUCUGUUCUUAAUGAAAUGUUAGGAAUUAAUAAACGACAAAAUUCUUUACCAAAUAUGAUGCAAAGAAUGUUUUAUAAACAAAAUUAUAUAUAUAACAAAACUAUAGGUAUACAAAAUCAACAAAAUUUACUAUCUAAUGAGACGUCACAAAUUCAAAAUCGCCGAAAUUCUUCACCUAAUUUACUUUUGGAAGUUCAAAAGCAACAAAUUUCUCAACCCAAUAUGAUACAAAAAGCUAGUAAUCAACAAAUUCCUAAAUCAAAUAUGGUACAAAGAGUUAAUAAUCAACAAAUUCCUCAAUCCAAUAUGGUACAAAGAGUUAAUAAUCAACAAAUUCUUCAAUCCAAUAUGGUACAAGGAGUUAAUAAUCAACAAUUUUCUCAACCAAAUAUGGUACAAAGAAUUCAUAAUCAACAAAUUACCCAACAAAAUAUGAUACAAAGAGUUAAUAAUCAACAAGUUCCUCAACCAAAUAUGAUACAAAGAACUAAUAAUCAACAAAUUUCUCAACCAAAUAUGGUACAAGGAAUUCAUAAUCAACAAGUUCUACCACCAAAUAUGGUACAAAGAAUUCAUAAUCAUCCAAUUCCUCAACCAAAUAUGUUACAAAGUAAUAACAAUCAAAAAACUUCUGUAUUAAAUGAAUUACUAGGAAGCCAUAGUAAACAAACUUCUAUAGUAAAUGAAUCAUUAAGUGUUUAUAAUCAAAAAAAUUCCUAUCAAAUAAAUCCAAAACAAAAUAUGUAUUCUAACAAUACUAAAUAUUUGGAACAAUCACAUGUACCUUCACAACAAAUGAAUCUUCAAAACUUCUCAAAUCAAAAAAAUAUAAAUCCUAGUAAUUAUUUAAUCACUAAUCAACAAAAUCAAAAAAGAAAUGAUAUUUUUAACCAUCAUAAUACUUCUUCAAAUAUUUAUCAAAAUUCUCAACAAUAUUAUAAUAGAAAUGAUUUAAAUAAUUAUCCACAAGGACAAAUGUUAAAUAAUAAUGAUAAUUCUGAACAACAAUUAAAAAAUAAAAUAAAUACUAAUCUUCAGUAUAAUUAUAAGCAAUCAUCAAAUUAUUCUCAACAAAAUUUAGAAUUAGUUAAUUCUCAAAAAAUUGGUGGUAUAAAUAAUCAAUUAUAUCCUUCAAAUAAUCAAACACAAUCAGUAAAUUCGAAUCCAUAUGAAUAUCCUUUAACAAGAAAUGAAGCAAAUAUGGUUAAUUUCAGUAUGGAACAAAGAAAUAUACCAUUAAAUACAAUGAAUCACAUAAUGAAUUCUAGUAGUAUUAACAUUCAACAAAAUAAGAUUAUUGAAAAUAGCAAUAACUCUACUGUUAAUAAUUCAUUUAUGACUAAUAUGAAAACAUAUAAUAUAGUACAAGUAAACUAUAAUAAUAUAAUUAAUCAUCCAACAUCAGAUCAAAGUAAAUAUUUACAAAAUUCUACUAAUCUUAACAAUUUUCCCCCAAUAUAUCGUGGUGAAAUGCCAAUGAUUCCUCAUGGAAGUAAUAUACAAAACAAUCAACAAAUAUUAAAUAAUAAAAGUAAUGAUUUAUUAGAAUUAAAUUACAACUCAAUAAAUACGAGAAACAUACCAGAAGUUUCUUUAGUACCAGAGAUAGAUCCACCAGUAAGAAAAAAAAGACAGUAUACGAGGAGAAAUCCAACAAAUAAAAAUAAAAUUAAUGAUGAGACAAAAAAUAGUGAGGUUAAUAAAACAAUUAUAUCUACUGGUAUAGGAAAUAUUAAUUUACAAAAAGAAAUGAAUAUUAAUGAAACUAAAAUUCCUAAACGAAGAGGUAGAAAACCAAAAGUUUUAAAAGAACUAGAAGCACGGAUGCAGGCAGAAGCACGUAUACAAGCAGAAAAACAAAUGACAACAACUGUUACUACAAAUACAAUUAACAUUACAGCUAAUAAUAUAAACUAUAAUAAUGUUAACAUUCCAGUUACUCAUGUUGAAAUUCCUGAAGUUGAAAAUUUACCAAAUAAUGAAAUUAAUAGAAAACAAAAUAUGGCACAUAUAAUAUCUCCAGUAGUAAAUACAUUCCAAAAUAAUGUUGUUCAAAGUAAUAUUGAAAAUAAUACAUAUUUUUAUACUGAAAAUCAGGAACAAUUAUCUGUUAAUAUUGAUAAAAGUACAUCAGAACAAGAAUAUAUAAAUAAUACAAUACACAGUGAUUUUGAAUUAAUUAAAGAAAAAAAGACAUCAAUAAUUACAGGCGGACAAGAUCAAUCUACAGUAGUUAUACCAGCACAGCAAACUGUAAAAGAUCACAUGUUACUACAAACUUUUAAUAAUGAACCACAAAAUAUUAUAAUAAAUAGUAAUGUUUCUUCAACUUCUCAUGAAACAUUUAUAAAUACUUCUUAUAUAACUAGCAAUAUAAAUAAAAAUAUUGACUGUUAUACUGAAGCAGAUAAUAUAAUUGAUAAAACAAUAUCUCAAUUUGAAAAAAAUCAAAUAAAUGAAAUUUAUUAUUCAGAAUAUAUUGAUGAGAAUAUUCAAAUAAAUGAGAAUAAUGUUGAAGAAAUAACUAAUACAAACAUAAAUAUUAACAAUAUUAAUAAUGAAAAUUUAACAAAUAUUAUAAAUGAAUCAUUAAUUUUACCAACUAAUUCUUCAAUCGCUGGAAGUAGUAAAGAUUCAAAUAAUCAAGAUCUUAUAAAUACUUCAGAAUAUAUUAAUUAUAAAAAUGUAGAUAGAAGUAAAGAGAUAAGUAAUUAUUUUGCUAGUAAUACUAAAGAAAAUCCAAAUAUAUAUAAUUUUAACAAUGAUAUGGCAAAUUCUGAAAGCCUUGCAAAUCAAAAAAAUAUAUACAUACAACAUAGUAAACUAAUGAAAACAGGUGAUUUAAAUUGUAGAAAAUAUAGUGAAACUAAUAAUUCUAUGUCUAUUGAAAGUACUACUGUAUAUGACUUUUUUAAAUUUAAUGACUACCCUCAAAAUAAUACUUUAGAUAACAUUACAAAUGAAGAAGAAAACUUUAGAGAUUUAAAUUCAUUAAACAUUCAACAAAAUAUAGAAGAAAAUUACAAUUGUGAAUCUAAUUAUAUAGAAAAUAUUGAUGAUCUUUCAAAUGAUAAUAUAUUGGAAGAUAAUAUAAAUAAUUUAGAAGAAUCUUUUUCAAAAAAUGAAACAAGAUUAAAUUUAAUUGAAUUUACAUAUCAGUUAAUUGAUAAAAUAAAUGUAACAAUUCAAAUUGAAGCUACAAUGGAUAAUAUUAUUCAUGGUAUUUAUGUUUGUUUUCCUAAUGACUUAGAUAAUAUAAAAUUGAAAAAUAAACCUAAUAUGUAUACUUUAUUAUCAAUAUUAAUUAGAGAAAUUUUAAUUGAUUUGGAAAUUUCAAAUUCUGGAAUAAUUCUUUUUAAUUUCAAUUCCUUUUUACAACCAUAUUUUAAUGAAAAUAUUUAUGAAGAGGCGAUCAAUGAUAAUGAACAACAUUUAAUUCAUACAAAUGUUCAUUUUUGGAAUUUUGAUAAUAUUUAUAAAGGUAAGAAACUAUUACCAUCAUAUGAAGAUUAUGGUAUUUUACUUAAUGUUGAAGAAAAUGAGAAUCAAUUUUAUUUAACAUUUAGUAGAUAUCCAAUAAAUAAAAAUUCUAACAGUGAUAGUAAUUUAAAAGAUUGUUUAAAAAAUUGUUUACUUGAAAAUGGUCAUCAAUUAAGACCACAUUAUUUUGAUAGUAUUUAUUAUGAUAUUAUUAUUGGAGCAAUAAGAAACUUUUUCCAAAAUGAAAUUAUAGAAUAUUUAAUACUAUGUAAUGAAGAAGGCAAUCUUGAAGAAAAAAUGGUUCAUAGAUAUGUUAAUGAUUCGUAUAAUAGUGGCAUUCUUGGUCAAAGUUACUUAGAUAUUUUAAAUAAACAACAAAUACCAGACUUUCUUGUAAAUGAAAACAUAGAUAUGGGAAAAAACAUUGAAAUUUAUAAAAAUUUUAAAUAUUGUGGAUUGUUUGAUAGUAUAAACAAUGUUCCUAGUAUAGUUGAUUUUAGAAUAUCAGGAAAUUUCAGACAAUAUUGUAGAAAUAUUUGUGAUACAAAAUUAUUUAAUAUUUCACUUUUUAAAGAUAAUGCUCAAUUUAAUAGUAAAAAUUUUAUCAUAAAAAUGAACAAAGAAAAUAAUAUUUCACAAUUAUUGUUAAGAAAUAAUUUAUCAAGUACUCAAAAAAUAAAUAUUUUUGAGCAAUUACUUAGAAAAAAUUAUUCACCAAAUUAUAUAAAUAUGUUAUUAUGGAAUUUAGAUAAUAUGAAUAAUUUACCAAAUGUAAAUCAACUUUUGAAUAAUAAUAAUUUAAUAAUCAAUCAAGAUAAUUUUGUUGAUCAGGAAGAAAUUAUUAAUUUGUAUGACAUUAAUGAACUUCAUGAAGAAGAUGUAACUGCUUUAAUUGAAAUUAAUGAACCAACUGAAAAAAUAGAAAAUAUUAAAAAAACAAUAGAUAUUAUUACUACUGAAACUUGUACUUCAUCAUUUAGAUCAUUAGAUUUAAGAUUUAAGAAAAAAAAGAAAAAAUCUCAUAGAUAUUUUACUUGGAAGUUACCAAACAAAUGUAGUCAAGAAUUGACUAUAUACAAUAAAGAGGUUAAAAAGAUAAAAAAUAAUAAUUUAACUGUAAAACCAUAUACAGUUAGAAAAAGUUUUGUUAAUGAAAAAGAUAUAUUAAACAUUUCCAAUAAUGAUUUUAAUAUUAAUAAAGAAAGUAAUAGUUUAUCAAUAUCACAUGUAGAAAAAAUAAAACAUUAUUAUAAUAUGGAUAAUUUAAAUAUUAUAGAUAGUAAUAUUGAAUUAAAUAAUAACUUGAGUGAUGCUACAUUUUCAAGUACACAGUUAGCUAGAAUUAAUGAUGAAUAUAACAAUUUAUCUUUUAUAGAAGUAAAUUUUGCAUUACACAAAAAAUUAGAUUCGUUAGAGUGUUCUAUUAUUGUACCAGAAUUAUGUCAAGUAAUUAAAACUUCUACAACAAUUCAUAAUGAAAAAAUAAGUCUAUCAAAAGAAGAAGAAAUUAUAAACGUUCAUGGAGUUGGUAAAGAUGUAUCAUAUUGUAAAACACAACUUGAUAUAAAUAAUAAACAAAUUAUUUUAUCAAAAUCACAAGAAGAAUUUAGUGUACUUCAUACUAAAAAAAUUGCUAAUCAACAUGAUGCAUGUAGUCUAUAUACUGUACAAAGUAAUACUGAAUUAAAAAAUAAUCUAACUGAUGCUAGUAUUUCAUGCACGGAGAUUGUAAAAUGUAGUUAUGCUCAAGAACAAUUUUCGUUUAUAGAGCAGAAUUUCACUGCAUAUAAAGAACCAGAAAUAAUAUCAUGUUUUGAAACUAUACCUGAAACAUCUUAUGUCAUAAAGACAGCUGGAACAUUUAAUGAUAAUGAAAUUAAUUUAUUUAGAGAAGAAGCAAAUGUUGAAGCAAGCAAAAUUAUCAGUGAUAAGGUAUGUGAAAAAACUGUUUUGAAUACAAAUAAUUCAAAUAUUACCUUGUUAAAAGAAUCACAAAAAGUGAAAGUUUUACAUACAGAAGAAAUUAGAAAACAACAAAUGAAAGAUAGUUUUAAUAUCGUAGAAACAAAUGUUACUUUAAAUAAUAAUUUAACUGAAGCAAAUAUUUCAAGCACUGAGAAAUGUAGAGUAAAUGAUGAUAAAGAAGAAUUUUCAAUUACUGAAACUAAUUUUGAAUAUAAUAGAAUAUAUGAUUCAGAAGAAUGUUCCAGUGUUAUUCCAGAAAUAUCAUAUGUCGUAAAAACAUCCGCAAAUAUCUGUCAAAAAGAAGUUAAUUUACAUAAAGAUGAAGCUUUUUAUAAAGUAAGUCUAAUUGCUAGUGAUAAGGUAUGUGAAAAAGCUAUUUUAAAUACAAACAAUUCAAACAUUACAUUGUUAAAAGAGUCACAAAAAAUGAAAGUUUUACAUACAGAAGAAAUUAGAAAACAACAAAUGAAAGAUAGUUUAAAUAUCAUAGAAACAAAUGUAAACUUAAAUAACAAUUUAACUCAAGCAAGUAUUUCAAGUGUUGAGAAAUGUAGAAUAAAUGAUAAUAAAGACGAAUUUUCAAUAACUGAAACUAAUUUUGAAUCUAAUAGAAAAUAUGAUUCAGAAGAAUGUUUCAGUGUUAUUCCAGAAAUAUCAUAUGUCGUAAAAACAUCCGCAAAUAUCUGUCAAAAAGAAAUUAAUUUACAUAAAGAUGAAUCUUCUUCAGAAAUUUGUGUAAUUGCUAAAGAUAAAGCUUUUGAAAAGAUCAAUUUUAAUCUUAAUAAAUCAUGCAUAGAACUGGUAAAACCAACAAACAACGUUAUGACGUCUCAUAUUGAAAAAAUUAGUAAUAUAUGUGUAGGCAAUUCAUUAAAUAUAAAAAAAUCAAAUUAUUCAUUAGUCAAAAAACCAGAAAAUCUUAGUACUGAUAUAUCAAUAAAAAUUCCAAAUUUCUAUUCUUCAUUGUAUUAUUUAAAGAAUUACAAUUUAGCUCUUCAUAAAAAUCCAUGUAUUUCUGGUGCAACAUGUCAAUUAAAAAUUUCAAACGGUCCUGUUAAACAAAGUUUCAGUGAAAUUACCACUAAGUUUAGUUUUAUUAGAAAUGAAGAAAGUUGUAGUAUUGUUUGUGUUUUGAAAGAUAAAGUAAACGAAAAAUUAGAAAUAACAAUUAGUGAAAAUGUAAUAAAUGAUUUACCUGAUGAUGAUAUAAAUUUAUCACUAUUAAAUAAUGGUGACUUAUGUAGUGAAUAUCAUUAUAGUGGAGUUGAUGAAACGUUUGAAAUAGAUGAAACAGAAGAAUUAGACACAUUAUAUAUUUAUGAAAAUCCUAAAAGUUGUAAGAGAAGGCGAAUUGUACCACAAGUUGAGGAUAUUUUUAAGACAACUAAUGAAAUUAUUACAAGUACUUUAACAUUAAAUGAAAAAUAUUUAAAAAAAGAGGAUUAUCAAUGUUUUGGUUAUUUUAUCAAAUCAUUUAUAACGUUUUUAAAUGAAUACUCAGUAAUAAAAACAAUAUCUGAUGAAAUUAAAAAUGUUAAAAGAAACGAUAAAAAAGAAAUUGCAAAAUUAUUACGAGAGAUUAUAUUAAAAAUACAAAAAUUAUUCCCAAAAUUAUUUAAAAAUACUACAAUUAAAGCUAUGAAAUUUAUGUUUUACAAAAUAGUCAAAAUAUGGGUAUCAUUAGUAUGUAGUAAUGAAUUAAAUGAUCCAUUACAAAAUAAAUUAUUUGAAUUUAUAAAAAAUAAUUAUGAAAGUAACUUGUUAGAAUUAUAUUGUGAAUUAUCAGAUAUUUAUGAAUUUAAUGGUGAAAAUAUUGCAUUUAAAGUACAUAUUUCAAAUAACAAAACAACAGAAAAAAAAUUAAAUAGAUUUGUAAAAAUAUUUAAUAAACUAAUAUGCAAUGAAAAAUUCCAAUAUUUUAUUGUAUUAAGUAUUGAAAAUGAAAAUGUAUCAAGUACUACUCAUGAAAUACAAAUGAAUAAUGAUACAAUUGAUAUAAUCAAUACAAAUGAUACAAAUGAAACAAUUGAAACAAUUGAACCAAUUGAACCAAAUGAACCAAACGAACCAAGAGAAGCAAAUGAACCAAAUGAAUCAAAUGAAGAAGCAACUGCAGAAUCUAGUAUUGUUGAAGAAACAAAUAAAGAAAAAGUAGAUUUAAGUGAAAUAGUUAUAAUUGGAAAAGUAGAAGUUUUAUAUGAUACAUUAUUUAGUGUUAAAGGUAUUGAAAGAGACCAAUCUGCUACUAUAUGUUUCUUAACUGAAUUAGCUAAAAAGUACAUUGGAGAGUUGGGAAUGAAUUAUGUUAAGAUGAUAGAAGAUAUCAUUGAUAAAGAAAAAAAUGGACAACAUCAAAAUAUUUAUUCGAAAUGUUUGAAGACAAAAUAUGUUAGUACCAAGACAUAUUUUAUUUUAUUUAGUGUUAACAAAAAACAAUUUUUACAAUAUUGUAGAAAAAUAAAGGGUAAGAAGAGUGUUUUACAAAAAUACAUAAAUACUCUUAUUGAAUGUGGUACUAUUUGUGACAAAAAUAAUAUAGAUGAAAAUAUAUCAAACAAUGUUAAUAUUGAAGAUGAUAAUUCAUUUUCAAAAAUACAUUUAACAAAAUAUUUGUUAGAAGGAGUUAGAGGUGUAAAUGAGGAAAGAGUAGAUUAUCUUAGAAUUAAAUUAAUUAGAACUGAAAAAAAGAAAUGUAAAAUUAUUAUUGAAAUUUUAAAUUCAUGUGAAAUUGUAGAACAAUUUCUUCCAGAUAAACCAAAAGAACCAUCAAAAAGAGGACGAAAACUUGGUUCUAAAAAUGUUCGUAAAAGAAGAAUUGUAAAUAGUUUGUUUUUGGAUCUUUUUGGUAGAUUUGAAACAGUUGUUAAAAUUGAAAUGUCAAAAAGAUCAUUAGAACAUUCAGGAAGAUUUGCAAAUGAAAUAGCUGCUAAAGCAGUAGUAAUGCAAGCAUUUUCUUUUGAUAAAAGUAUGGAAAGACUUUAUAGAGGAAUUUGUUUAGAUAAAUUUUCAAGUAGAAUAUUAGCAAAAAUAGCUCAAUUUAAUCCAUUAUUAUAUAUUUGUUCAACUGGAAUAAGUGUUGAAGAAUUAGAAUUAUUUAAAGAUUAUAAUCCUUUGUUAUGUCGAAUGAUAGAAGUAGAUCUUUCAAAAUGUACUUAUCAAUCACCAAAUAAGGAAGCAUUAUAUUAUCAUAUAUUACAAUUUCAUUUUAAACAUAUAAAAAAAUGUACAUGGAAAGGAUGUCAAAUUAAUCCAUAUUUUAAAGCAAUAAGUAAUUUUGCUGAACAUGCUGCAUCACAUAUUAAAUAUAAAAGAUUUCAAUGUAUUAUUUGUCAAGCUGGAUAUUCAAGACAUGCUGAUUUAAAAAUACAUAUACAUAGAAAUCAUUCAGCUCGUUAUAGAAUUAAAUGUUGUUUAAAAAGAUGUAAUCAUUACUUUACAACAGUUGAAGCUAGUUUAAAACACUUGUAUACUUAUCAUUUUCCAGUUAAACAAUGGAUAUGUCCUGUUUAUGGAUGUGGUAGAUCAUUUUUUGAUAAAGGUAGUGCUAAUCAACAUAUUAAAACUAAUCAUUGUCGUCGUACUAGAAGAAUAUCUUCUUUAUUAGAACAUUGUGAAUACAAAAAUACUUAUUUUGGUGUUAUUACACAUUCUUUAUUAGAUCAUUUUUAUUCAAAGUAUGAUGAAGAAGAUAAUGCAUUAUUUACACAAAGACAUUUAAAUUCAUAUCAUUGUAGAGAUGUUUGUGUUCAUAUAAAAGAAAAACCUUUAGAAGUAUCAAAAUUAGCUAAAUGUGUUCUUAAAAAAGAUUUACAUAAAAUAGCAAAAUUUGGAUAUGAAACAUUUUUGGAACAAUUAAAAAAACAUGAUUGUUUUGCAUAUAUAAUUGCUGUUGAAGAUAUGAAAUUACGUAGACAAUAUGAAUUGUUACCAAUUUUAAAUCAAGCAUUAAAUAUAUACAUUGAUUCAGAUGAACAAGAAUUACAAAAAAAUGAUAUUGAAGUUUAUGAACAAAUGGUUAUAGAAUUAAAUAAACCUGAUUGUCUUUUAAAAAUUAUAACACUUGAAUCCAAUCAAAGAAGAUUUGAAAUACCAGAACAAAUACCAAAGGAUGUACCAGAAUUAUUGAAAGAUUUUAUUUUAAAUAAAUCAUAUAUAUGUCCAAAUUAUUUAAAAAGAGUCCAAGAUGCAUAUAUUUCAUUUGUUAAAAAAAAUGAAAAUAAUCCUGAACCUAUGCAAUUUAAAAAUACAGUACCACGUUAUGUUGAUUAUAAAAUUCCUGUAGAAGUUUCAAAUGUACUUAGAAUUGAUGAUAGUUUAGAAUUAAUUAAAGAUAAAGAGAUAUUAACUAAUGAAGAUAAAACUGAAUUAGAAAGACAGUUUUGGAAACGAUUACUUGAAGGUUCUUUAUCAAUUACAUCGUUAUCAUAUUUUAAAAAAGGAUUUUUAUCUUUAUCAGAUGAAGCAAUUGAGACCACUAAAACACUCUAUUCUACUGCAUGUUCUAAAUUUAUUGCUGAAAUAAAACAAAAUUCUGGUUUUUCAGAAGAAGCAGAAGAAUUUUUCUUAGAACAAUUUAAAAGAAUAGAAAGAGAAUGUGCUCCAAUAGAACGUGAAGCAACUAUGUAUGCAAAUUUUAAAAAUGUACUAAAAGAAAUAGAUGAAACUAUAACUGAAGACAAUGUUUGUAUAAAUAAAGUAGCAUUUUCAAGAAAUAAGAUAUUUCCUGAACUCGAUUUUUUGAGUAGUUUUGAAACAUUUAAAGAAGUAACAUCAAAUAUGGUUUCUAUAGAUCUUGAGAUGCCACCAAAUAAAAGAAGAGUAAAGAAAAAUGUUUGUGAAGGAGAGGGUUUUUUAAUUGAGGAUUUUAAGAUUGAUGAUGUUGAUACAUCUAAUAUAGUUGAAUAUGAUUCUGAUUCUGAUUCUGAUACAACAAGUGACAAUGGAGAAGAAAAUAAAGACAAAGAAGGAGAAAAAAGUAUGAAUACUCAUAUAAUAGAUGAUUCAAUAUUUAAUAUUGAUCUUCCAUCUAAUAUUGAUAUUGAUGAAAGCGACAAUGAUAAAGAUAUUUAUGAUGAAAGUGGUGUAUACUCACAUUUAGGAUAUAAUGUUCAAUUAAUGAUUCGUGCCAAAAUGAGUGGUAUUUAUGGUGUACAUAUAUCAGAGGAAAAAAAUUCAUUAUUUCAAAAAAAAGCACUUAAACAUAUGGUUGGUCCAUUUUGUUGCAAUGAUAUUAUUAUGCCAGAACAAUAUAAAUAUGAAACAUAUGAUAACAAAGGUCGUCUUGCAUAUAUUGAGAAACAAAAACGUAUUGAAUUAGUUGAUACAAGUGUUUCAAUUCCUAUUUUAAAUGAUUUAAUAAUAUUAAGUGAUGAAGUAGCAAAAAAAUUAAAUCAAACUAAUGUUUGUUUAAAAGCACAUGUUAGUCCAAAUGAUAGAAGAAAAGUUAAAUUAAGAAAUAAAGAAGGGUUAGUAAUUAUAGUGGAAUUAAAUCAAUUAGAUUAUUUUCGAUGCCGUGUUGUUGAUCCAAUUGAUAAUACACUUUUUAAAAUGACAAGAAAUGGUAUUAAAACAAUGACUACUGUUAAACCAAAAAUAACUGCUAUGUAUGGUGUUCAAAACUGGGAAGUUAUUGGGGGUAAUGAGGAAUAA